UCUUUUGUACUUUUUUCCCGUCUGCCUCUGCAUUUCUGUGAGUUUGUGUGAUUUGUUAAACGUUAAAGUGACGUGCUGCUGGAAGAGAAAAGAAUAAAGUAAUCCCGAGGUCAAAAAAUUAUUAAAUCAUUAAACAAAAAGAAAACAAAACAAUACAAACACGAAACGAAUAAAAGUAAUUCGAUUGAUUGCAUUUUGCAUUUAAAGCAGUUUAAAGUUGAAAAUAUUAAAAAACCAUUGGGCUAAAAGGCAUUGACAUUGAGAUGAGUUUACUUGGUCCCAAAAAUGGAACCACUUCUGCCAGUAAUAUGAGUCCCGACAACGACGGUGGCGACAUUGAAGAAAACUCAUGUUGUGAAAGUGAUGAGGAUUUUACAAAUAAUCAACAAACCACCGCUGCCAUGACAAGUGAACCGAGCAUUGGAGGACCCACAAGACACAUGGACCAACAAACUUCUGCAUCCAGCAAAUCACCUGGACACUCCACCCUUCGGUCGGUGGAUAGUCGACCCUCGGUUCAUAAUGUCUAUGCUGAGAUGCCAGCCUCGUCGACUUACAUCGAGAAUAUGUCCCCGAUGGCUUUGUUCAACGAAGAUAGGAUGCGUCGCAAGCUGCAGUUUUUCUUUAUGAAUCCAAUUGAGAAAUGGCAGGCUCGCCGUCGAUUUCCCUUCAAAUUUGUUGUCCAAGUGGUUAAAAUCGUCCUUGUCACAAUGCAGCUUUGUUUAUUUGCCCAUUCACGUUACAACCACAUCAACUACACAUGGGACAAUCGCAUUUCUUUCUCACAUUUAUUCCUCAAAGGCUGGGAUUCCACCCGUGAAACCGAAUCCUAUCCUCCCUCCAAUGGUCCACUAGCUAUUUACGAAAAAACUCAAUUCUUCGAUACUAUUGAUUUUGCGAUUACAAAUUAUGCAAAUGUAAGUCGAUCCAUUGGACCCUACGACUAUCCAACGAAAAAUAAUCAAAUGGCUCCGAUGAAACUUUGCCUCCAUAGCUAUCGUCAAGGCAUCAUAUUUGGCUUCAAUGAAAGUUACAUCUUUGAUCCGGAAAUUGUUAGACAUUGUGAAUUGAUAACGAAAAAUGUUUCAACAAUUGGAAUUGAGAAAUUCCUCAAGCAGCGUGACGUAAAUGUUAGUUUCUCGGCAUUGGUUGAGGCUAGUUUGGAAUUUGGCAUAAAAACAAUUAAUUUCAAGGCCUAUGGGCCACUCUCGGCUCCGGAUUGUUUUAAAUUUGAUAUAAAAAUAAUUUUCAAUAAUCGUGACCAUGAUGGGCAGAUGCUGUUGUCUCUGGAUGCUGAUGCGAUGCGAUUGCAUUGCAGAGGAGACAUCAAGUACAUCACUGAUGCAGAAUUGGACACUUUCUUGAGAACUAUCCUCAAUGUACUCGUGAUUGUUGUGUGCAUGCUGUCCUUUGGACUGUGUGCUCGAGCGAUUUAUAGGGCUCAGUUGUUGCGGGUACAGACUGUGAAUUUCUUUAAGGUCACCUACAAAAAGGAUCUGAGCUUUGAUGGUAAAAUGGAAUUUAUCAAUAUGUGGUACAUAAUGAUUAUAUUCAACGAUCUCCUCCUCAUCAUCGGAUCCGCUAUGAAAGAGCAAAUCGAACGAAAACUCCUCGUUAUCGACGGAUGGGACAUUUGCUCUGUGUUCCUGGGAAUUGGAAAUCUACUCGUGUGGAUUGGUGUCCUUCGCUAUUUGGGAUUCUUCAAAACCUACAAUGUAGUUAUUCUAACUCUACAGCGAGCAGCGCCGAAAAUUGCCCGUUUCCUCUUCUGUGCCCUGCUCAUCUAUGCUGGGUUCACUUUCUGUGGAUGGUUAGUCUUGGGACCGUAUCACAUGAAAUUCCGUUCGCUCGCAACAACUUCCGAAUGCCUUUUCUCGUUGAUCAACGGUGACGAUAUGUUCGCCACUUUUGCCACACUCUCGAGCAAGUCCAAUUUACUUUGGAUAUUCUGUCAAGUUUAUCUUUAUUCGUUCAUUUCUUUGUACAUCUACGUUGUCCUGUCGCUAUUCAUUGCUGUUAUAAUGGAUGCAUAUGACACAAUCAAGCGCUACUAUGGGGAAGGAUUUCCAUUAUCGGAUUUGCGUGAAUUUGUUGGCACCCGAACUGAAGAGGAUAUAACAUCGGGCGUUUUCUUGACGGAUUUUGAUGAUUUUGGAGAUUCUACAAUAAUGAUGGUUUUGAAACGUGUCUGUUGUUGUUUUUCUGGCAAUGAAACACCAACUGGCCCAACAGGGUACACAUCAUUGCAUACAGUUGGUAAAUAGUUGAAUAGUUUUGUUAAUUGGCUUGUUUAUUAUUUGUUUUAAUUAAACAGCUCAAUCCAAAUAUUUAUAUUUAUAUAUAAAAAAGUACGUAGGUAUAUAAACUAUGUAAAUAGAAGAAAAAGUGUUUGUUAUAAAAGAAAAGUUUGUAUUUUAAAUUUUUGAAAAGAAGACAAUACCUAAAUAAAAUCAACAUAAAGUGCCACGCGUAGUUCACAAUUUGUAGAUUAACUAAUAAAUUAAUUCAACUAUUUGUUGUCAGUUUAAAAGCAACAUAAGUCAAUUUGUUUGUUGUUCUCAAAAGAAAAAGUAAAAUACGUUUGAUGAUUAUAGUAAAGAUAGAUUAAAAACUGCCUUAAACAUUCAGAAGAAAAAUGUUUAAAUUCAAUUUGUUCGAAUUGCCUUCAAAUGCAUUUUCUUAUUAAAUUUUGUGAUCAAAUUUUUUCAAACUGAAUUAUUCUACACUUCCGGCCAAUUCAAAACUGUUUUGUUUCGAAAUCUUAGCCAUAAUAAACAUAUUUGUAUGUACAUAUCUUUUAAAGAAUUGUAUACUUAACCAAUGAAGAAUUCUUCGCACGUUAUUUUUAACUUUUGAUUGAAAUUAUAAAUUAAAUAACGUGUCAUAGUCAUUUAUGGUAAACUUUACACAAAAAAAACCAGUACUUUGUUUUUGAAAGUGAGGUUCACAAAACCAGCAUUCCAUCCAACAAAAUGUAACAAAAAUAAAAAUCUUUACCAUAAUCAUCAAAUAUAAAAAUAAUUAAAUAUUAACUUGUUUAACAUUCGCAUCCUAAAUAAUUACCACAAGCAACGCUAAAGCUUUUUCUAUACAAUUUAAAUGCACUAAAUAUGAAUACAAAAAUAUUUGUAAAAGUGCAUUUUCAUAAUGAUUCUCUAACAGUUAAAAAAGGAAAUAAAUUUCAGUAAGAAUGUGAUUAUCAUAUUUUAAAUAUAAAGAUUGAUGUUGCUUAUAAUUUUUAAGUACAAAUAAAAUGUAUUGGUAAUAAUUAUUUAACUGUAAAAUGGUUGUAAUUGUUACUUGCUUAAAAAAACUACAAAAAACUAAGCACUAAUUUGUAGAAUUUUUAAGACCAAGUAUCAAAUUAAAUUCUGUAUUUAAAAAGCUUUAAGCAACCAUCAAUUCUUUACUAUGUAUCAUUAUGUAUUUAAAGUUUUCUCAAGUCAACAAAAAGUACACUACAAGUUUUUUGGUUCAAUUGUAUUUUUUUUAUCAUUUCCAAAAUGUAUUAUUUAUAUUAAUUUAGAUUUUUAAUUUUUUUGUUGUUGUUUAAUUAUAAUUAAAAUAUUAUUAUGUAUUUCUUUUUUGUUAUUAAUUCUUCAUAAAUAUGUGAUUAUUUCUGUUAAUAUAAUUACCUUAAAUAAAAUAAAACAAAAUAUUCUUAUAUUAUAUACAAAAAACAAAAAAAAAACUUUGACUCUUAACCAACGAACGAGUUGGUUAACGUAUUUGUUUUAUUAAAAUUAAAAAAUACAUUUAUUGUAUAAAUUUAUAGUUAUAAACAUUUAAUUGAUAUUAUAUUAAAAAAAAUAUACAAAAAUGUUUUAAACACACAAAUGUAUGAACAAAUAAAAAUUGUAAAUAAAAUGUGUAAAAACAAGAAAC